AUUUAUCUUACAGGCGGCGGAGGAGAUGGCAGCCUCGCUGGAAACGCGCGGGGGAGCCUGAGCAGGCUGCCGGGGACGCACAGCGCGCUCGUUCGCCACGCCGCCGCGCAGACCCUCCAUCUUCCUGCCCAGCCUCCUGGCCCCGCUCUGCCCUGCCUUGGGGGUCGGCUUCUCUCUAGGGCUCCUGCCUUUCCCCAUCAUCCCCCCUGGGCCUCCGCGGCUCCCCUGCCCGGUCCCCCUCCCCCGCCACACACGCUGACACGCGCGCGCGAACACACACACACUCACACACACUGACACGCCAGCGAGAGGCUGGCCGCUCAAUGGACCGAUUUCCCUGCUUCCCCUGAUCCCAGCCCAGCCCGGGAUGAGAAAUUGCAAAAUGGCCCGGGUCGCCAGUGUGCUGGGACUGGUCAUGCUCAGCGUCGCCCUGCUGAUUUUAUCGCUCAUCAGCUACGUGUCCCUGAAAAAGGAGAACAUCUUCACCACUCCCAAGUACGCCAACCCAGGGGCGCCCCGAAUGUACAUGUUCCACGCGGGAUUCCGGUCACAAUUUGCGCUGAAGUUUCUAGAUCCGUCAUUUGUGCCCAUUACGAAUUCUCUGACCCACGAACUCCAAGAGAAACCUUCUAAGUGGACAUUUAAUCGGACAGCGUUUUUACAUCAAAGGCAAGAAAUUCUUCAGCAUGUCGAUGUAAUAAAAAAUUUUUCUUUGACCAAGAAUAGUGUUCGGAUCGGACAACUGAUGCACUAUGAUUAUUCCAGCCAUAAAUAUGUUUUCUCUAUUAGCAAUAACUUCCGAUCACUGCUUCCAGACGUGUCACCCAUUGUGAAUAAGCAUUUUAAUAUUUGUGCUGUGGUUGGAAAUAGUGGGAUCCUGACAGGGAGCCGGUGUGGACAAGAAAUAGAUAAGUCAGAUUUUGUUUUCCGUUGCAAUUUCGCCCCUACGGAGGCUUUCCAAAGAGAUGUUGGAAGGAAAACCAACCUUACCACCUUCAACCCCAGCAUUCUGGAAAAAUAUUACAACAAUCUUUUGACCAUUCAGGACCGUAACAACUUUUUCCUCAGUUUAAAAAAGCUCGAUGGGGCCAUUCUUUGGAUCCCUGCGUUUUUCUUCCAUACUUCAGCAACUGUUACCAGGACAUUAGUUGACUUUUUUGUUGAACACAGAGGUCAGUUAAAGGUCCAAUUGGCUUGGCCUGGAAAUAUAAUGCAACAUGUCAACAGGUACUGGAAAAACAAACAUUUGUCACCCAAACGGCUGAGCACAGGCAUUCUUAUGUACACCCUGGCAUCAGCAAUAUGUGAAGAGAUCCACUUGUAUGGAUUUUGGCCUUUUGGAUUUGACCCCAACACAAGGGAAGAUCUUCCAUACCAUUACUAUGACAAAAAAGGAACCAAAUUUACCACCAAGUGGCAGGAGUCCCACCAGCUGCCUGCCGAGUUCCAGCUGCUGUACCGAAUGCAUGGGGAGGGGCUCACCAAGCUAACUCUGUCACAUUGUGCCUAAGACUCGGAACAGAAAGUGCCAAAUGGCUAUUUAAAAAGUGCCCCAAAUCAAAUGGAAUAGUCUUCAGAAUAGAACCCUAGAGAUUUCCUUAUAAAGACUGUCUGCCAUUGAAAAGGAAAGAUGUCGUCUCUCCCUCCUUUUGCACUGCUCUUUUAAGGGUCUUGGCAAGACAAAUGAGUUGAAGCCACAUGAUUUAAACUUGAUUGAUAAAGGGAAUGUUGCAUUUGGAACUAUGCUGCUAAUGAAACAGUCUGAAGUAUUUUCGUGUUUGUAUUUUGAUAAUAAAUGGCCUCCCGUUUUUUAUGAGGAUGAGAGCUAUAGUUCCCGCAGCUUUGAGAUAUGGGCCUCAUAGUUUGGGCAGGAUUUCAGCUUUGCCUGGGUGGGAUCGGACUCUUCAAAAUGGAAACAAACAAACAAAAGAAUCGUUUGCAUAGCUCAUCUCUCACUCCCUCUCUUUCUCACUGUUGUUCUCCAUCUCUUUCCCUACAACCCUCCACCUGCCCCACCACUGUGGAGUUUAAUAAUUUGCUAGGAAUCCUAUUAAAUUAGCUUUGCCUGUAUGUGUUGCAUCUGUACUUGUUGGAUGUGUUCAAAGCUCUGGGUAACUUUGAUGUUUCAUGACUGACUGACGAAAUCAUGAUGGAUCCCCUUAGGAUGACUUUGAUAAGAUAUGCCUCUUAUGAAGUUCUCACUGGCCUGCGCAGUCAUUCCACCACAGAGCGGUCCCUCCGUGGUGAGUGGCAUAGAAAGCAGUGCAUCCUUCCCUCUCAUAAAGAAAAUUCACGUUGUGGGUGGCAUUGCGUCUCUUGACAUUAGUGCCGUUACGGCAAAUCAUUCUAUUGCCACAUCUGCAAGCACAUUCCAACCUGAGUCUGGUGCCUCCCACAGUCUCAGCCCAAGCACCGGGCAGGGAAUUCUCUCAGAACAUAGAGGCAAUGAGUCAGCUUAAGAGCCUGGAACACAUAGAGGAAAAGGAAGAACGCUGAGAAGUUGUUAUGGAAUCCCCGUGUACCCUAAAGCCUUGUAAGCCUGGUGCCCUUUCAGAGUCUUUGAAAUGCAGGAGGGUUAGAACAGAAUAGAAGAUUCGAAGUUGACCAGGACAGGUCCCAUGUGAACGGGCUGAGGUGAGGUCACGCUCAGCAUCCUUGUGUCCACCAGCACCUCUCAGAACUAGUUGUUCCCUGCAAGACACUUGUAGACUGUGGCUACUCCCUUUUCCUACUGGAAUCUGUCUGUCUAAAUCUAUAUAUCUAAAAAUUAAGCAUUUCAUAAGGAAAAACCAUUGGGUAAUAAGAGGAUUUGAUACAAAAUAACCCUUGGAAUUUGAGCUGUCUAGCCCUGGCAUGAAGGAAUUAGUUGGCCAUUUUCUUCUUUUAUUAUAUCCGCCUCAGAAGUAGAAAUCACAUCACUCCCAUCCCUGGCUUUUCACUGAGCAGCACUUUGUUGUUCCAGUUCAGCCCAAAGUCUGGCCAAGUUGAUGUUAAAUUUUAAUAAGAGUUUCUUUCUUCUUUCCAAAUGCCAGUCAAGCACAUUUGUAAUACAUCUGGGUGGGGUAGCUUGUUCUUUUUCAGAAAUCUCAUUCUAGAUUGCUUGUAAUGUUACAAAUGCUGUUUGAAAUAAUUGCUGUAGUUCUGUCAUCAGCUCACUGUCCCUCUUUGGGAAGGUAUCAUCAUCCCCAAAGUUAAACCGCAUACAGUAAGAAAAGACAUCAUUCUUAGGCUCAUCUGCCUCCUGGUCCAAAAGGGCAGCUGUCUUGUUCUCACGUUUUUCAGAAAGCUCAUCAGAGCAGCUUCCAUUGGUCCAGAUGGUAACUAGUGAAAGAAAAACUGUACAGGUUCGAAUGUGUUACCAAUCGGGACACACCUUAAAAUGUUGCAUGAAUAGCAAUCCAAAUAGAUAGGAAAAAGAGGAAUGGAUGUUUCAAAAUGGGAAACAUUAACACAGCUCAAUACCUGAAAAAAUUGGAAGAGGAGACAGUAAAAAACAUUUUUAAAUUCACUGGUAUCACUGGAUGGGCAUCAAACCCCCCCCAUGUUUGUUCCCUGUCACUGUGAAGAGGACAGUACUCCAGAGCCCAUGCUGUGCUCUGUUAGGAUCACUGCAAGAUUGAUAACUGACAGAAGUGUUUAGUUGGCUCUUCCUAAGCACUUAGUUCAUUUGGUUACAGCUAAGUGAUAUAAAUGCCAGUGUUACACGGUCCAGAUCCUGACUCUAGAGUUUUACUCCCAAUGUGCACAUUAGAUUUCCCUAAAUAUAAAUAUGUAGACACAUUGAACCAGGCAGAUUGAAGGAGCAAAAAGACCAGAAUCCCUAAAAACAGCUUAUUGUACUUUUAACGUAGACCUCAUCCUAAUGCCAUUUUUGGUUUGCAGUUUUUUUGUUUUUUUUUGUUGUUGUUGUUUUGGUUUGGUUUGGUUUGGUUUGGUUUGGUUUUUUGUUUGUUUGUUUGUUUUGGUUUGGGGCUUUUUUUGUCUUUUCAAGUUCAGGAAGAUGUUUAACAUCUCACGCUGCUCUUGGCUCCGUCUUAACAUCAGAGUGAGAGGACUUUUCCAUCUUCCAACAUCAUUUCAUCUGUCGCUUUCACAAGAACUCAGAAUACUGAGGAAACAGGCUGGUUUCCCAGAACCAGAGGGCUUAGAGAUCAGGCUUAUCCUGUUUCCAGGCAUGACUUUCUGGAACUGAUCCAAAAGACCACCCUUCCCUUUUCUUCAAAGAUCUCUGAAGAAAGCCUCGGGCCAUGCCAUAGUGGUUAACCACAAUUCUCAUACUUUAUAAAUUCUUUCUGCACAGCCUAUGUCCCUCCUGUUGCAAACAUUAGACCCCGAGUGUGGGUAAAGCGUCUACCCCAGUUCUCAGCAUGUAGUAGGCGCUCAAUAUAUGGUAGCUUCUACUGUUGUUCCUUUUGUUCAUUGUACCCUUGACCUAUAAUUCCAGCACAGAGAAACUCAGCCUCUAGCUGAUCAUACACCCUCUCUUCUUGUUUUUAAAAACU